AUGCAACGUCCACCGCCAAUUCCUAUAUUAAAUCGCCAUUCAAUGGAAUAUAAAUCAGGAGGAAAUUUAUUAAAUUCUAUUACACCAUGUAAAGAAUAUUAUACACAUGAAUCAUAUGGAAAAUCUAAAUACUGUAUUGAAGUUGAUUUACAAGGUUAUCCAGCAGAAAGUAUACGAAUUACAAGACAAUUACAAGAUGUUACAAUAAGUUUAAAUCAUGAAGAGAUUAAACCAACUGGUGAAAAAUAUAAACAAGAAUUUAGACGUGAAAUUCAAUUACCACAAUCUGUUGAUUUGAAUACAUUAAAAAGUACUAUUUUAAAUAAAAAUACAUUAUUAUUAUAUGCUGAUGUAAAUAAACGUGAACAACCAAUUUUAAAAAGUUCACAAAUGAGUCCUAAUUUAAAACGUCAUAUUAAUUGGGGAUUAUCAUGUUCACCACCAUUACGUAAUUCAAUAUUAGAUUCACCUAGAUUACGUACAUCAUUUUCUAGUGAAAUACGACAUCGUAAUUCAUCAUUUACAAAUUUACCAAAUGAUUUUAAUAAAUCAUUUCAUAUUAAAAAACAGAAUUUAUCAAAUUAUCAAAAUAUACAACGACUACCAAAUCAUCAGCAUAGAAGUAAUUCUUUUACAAAAUCGGAACCAAUUAAUAUACCUGUACGUGUUGAAACGAAUCAAAAUCAUAAUCAAUUCACUCCUAUGAAUAAUGUACAAAAUAUUCGUGUAGAAAUAACAAAAAAUCAACCAAUUCAUUUGAAACAAUCUUCUAAACAAUCAACUUUAAAUCAUAAUCAAUUUCAAUCACAAGUUCCACAGAAUAAUCAUACUACUACUGCUACUACCACUAAUAGUAAUAAUAAUUAUUAUUAUCAAAAUGAACAUAAAUUGCUGAAUAAUAAUAGUACAUUAAAAUCUCAACAUCCAUUACAUAUACUACCAGUUACAAAUAAUAUCGAUGAAAAUGAUCCUAUAAACAAUAUAUCAAUACAAAAUAAUUAUAAUAAUGCUAUAAAUCGUUUAAUUAAUCAUACAACAGCAACAACAACAACAACGAAUACUACUAACAAUAAUAUAAGUAGUACUAAUCAUUUGACUAAACCUAUGAAAUUUUAUACACAAAGUAUGAAAGUUGGCUUAGAUGUAAAACCGGAAGAUUUAAAUAUUCAUUUAAAAAAUGGUUUAUUAACAAUUAUGAUUAAACAAAAAGGUAAUAAUAUUGAAAAUAAUCAACAAACUAAAAUUGCACGUGAAUUUCUACAUGAAAAUACUAUACCAAUUAAUGUUGAUCAAAAUAAAUUAACAGCAAAAUUAGAUAGAGGUAUAUUAAUUUGGGAAGCACCAUAUAUGACAACGUCAUCAACUAUAACAACAUUAACAAAUGAUCUAAUUGAUAUUCCAGGAUAA